AUGCUUAUUCUAAUUGGAAAACAUACAUUACCAUCUGCUAUUCAAUGCAUUCAUAAUGCUCGAUGUAUAUCUCAAUGUGUGAAUAAUUUACGUCAAGAAACAUGUGAUCUAUCAUCAGUAGAUAUGGCACAUGUUUAUAAAACAUUAAUAUGUUUAUUAAUCGAAUCAGCAUCAUUAUCACCUAGUCUUAUGAAUGAUUUUCGUCUUGUACAUUGUUAUCAUGAACUUAAAUUACCUGCUAGUCCUGAAACAAUUUUUGAUAUUCCAAAUUUUGUUAUGCCACAACCGAAAAAAAACGGUUUUAUUGUUCGUAAUCUUUCUACAUUUACAAUUCUCGAAUCUAUUUUUCAACAGUCAACUCAUCCAUUUCUUGUUAAUAUUGUAUUUGAUACAAUCAGUAGUAUUAUAUUAGCCGACAAUGCAAAUUAUUUUCUUUGUAGUGAAAAUCUUUCACCACUUACUGAAGUUUUUUAUAGUAAACCAAAUGAUGUUCAAAUAAAAAUUUAUGAUCUUUUGGAAUUUAUUGUAUUUCAACUUAAAUAUAUUCCACAUAGAGAACUUGUUAAUUUAUCUAUUAUGCUUAAAUCAAAUAAGUAUCUUGAAGUUUAUAUAUCUAAACUCUUACAGUUGAAAUAUUCUUUUUUUUAUUAA